CCUUAUCCUUUCUACGCGCGGGAGUAUUUUGCAACUCUCGCUUUCGUGAACCGCGCCCUCCGAUCAGGCGGUGCGUGAAGAUAGCGCUCCAUCUGUUUCAAUUUACAUGUGGCGUGGGUUUUCCCUGCAGAAAUACGUGGUACUUUGUGCGACUUUUCAGAGUACGAUUGGAAAACAGAAGAUUUUUAUGGAAUCGUCGGAAUGUUAGUCUGUGUUGCAUCGCUCAGAAGAACUUACAGUCAUGCCUGUGCUGCUGUCACGUAUUGGCCAGAUCGGGAUGCUAGAGAAAAGAAAAACUGCAGAAGCGCGACAGGACAGCACGAUGGGCCUGCCCAUGGCCCGAAUACCAGCCCUCUUCUUGGGUCUGCUCGCCUGUGGGCUUGUCCUACUGCUGUCCCUGAACACCAUCGCUCCACCGUCGCAGUCGUACAGGAAGGCCACCCACAACCGUAUCCACACGGUCACGGGGCACGAAGGGGACACCGACGAGCCCACGUUUUUCUGCGACAUAAGCCGUGCGGAAUGCCCCAAGGUGAACUCGAGGCCCAAGACUGGCUGGCACGGCGGAAUUCCGGGACUGCCCGACCUGCACCUCUACUCGGCCCACCUGGACACGCGGGUCGAGCUGCGCGGCCGAGCACGUCACUUUGCCAGGGUGUUGGGAGUCGUCCGAGAGAAAGAGAUGGACCGACUGAGGUUCUUCUGCCAGCUUUGGUACACCGACAUUCCUCAUCCAAUCAUCGUGGAAGCCACUCGCAGAGAAAUCUGGGACGCCCGAUGGGACGGCGGUCACUCGCCAACAUAUUACCAUCCCUAUCUGUUCUCUUGUCCCAUACCAUCCAACGUGUCAAACUUCAUUGCACAGGGACCUGUGAACGUCAGUCUUUCUCUAGAGCCAUGCGCUUGUCCAUCCCACAUCCUUUCGCUGCCCCGUCUGUCGCAGAAGCCUCGGAGAGGUUUCGCCGUCUGCGUAAAGGGACUCGAUUUUCCUCAAGACAUCUCGGUCCGCCUCGUCGAGUGGAUAGAGAUGCAGUACCUCCUCGGAGCCGACACCGUAUUCUUCUAUGUGCUCGACGUCCACCCGAAAGUCGAUCUCAUCUUACGGUUCUAUCGUCGUUUUCGCAACCUCAACUUUGUCAAGCUCAGGCUGCCCGGAAGGGACGAGCCCAACGCGCCGAUCAGACGACGAAAUUAUCUCGCGAAAAACUCGUGGCAAAAGCGCCGGCACGAGCUGAUUCCGUACAACGACUGUUACUACAGGCACGUUUCGACGCAUAACUUCGUGCUGCUCGUCGACACCGACGAAGUCGUCGUGCCGAGGAGACGCGACAGCUGGCAACAGCUCAUCGACGGCGUCGUCCGGGAACGGCCCAACGUACUGUCGAAGUACGCGUCGUUGGCGGUGCCCAACGUGUAUUUUUUCUCGCAGUUUGGCAGCGAGCAUCUCGACCGUACGGAUACGACUCAGUUGCGUCUGAUGACCCACGUGACUCGUUCUGCGAACUUUACGCGGCCGGGUUUUGCAGUGAAGAGCUUCUUUACGUGGAACGGUUCGCUGGCGGUGUUCAACCACUACAGUUUAGUGCCACUGUAUUCGAGACUUCAGCACACAGCGCUGUUAAGUAGUGAUAUCGUCAGGCUGCACCAUUACAAAGAUGCGUGUCCACGUGAUAUGGAUACUGAAUGUGAUAACAAUUUCUUCAAGUAUACCGUUCGGGAUGAGAGCUUGUGGAGGUUCAGAGACAAGUUAUUGCUCAAGAUUGACGAAACUAGGAUAAGCUUGAAAAAGUUGUUUUUAGUGAUGAUAUGAUGUAAAUAAGAAGUGCACCGUCAAGCAUGUUGUCGUUAUGGAAGUCAGCUAUUGCUUCUGUUAGGUUAUUAUUUAAUAAGUUAUUACUUUUAAGCUGCACCAUGCAACACCACAUAGGCACCAUUUAAAACUGUGCCUUCAUGCGACAUAGUUCGUAAAAUAAUUUAAAACCGCGCAGAAGAAAGUGCUGAAGAAUUGUAAUUUUUGUUUCUUUGUAAUUAGUAACUGCUAAGUAACUGUUAAGAAGGGAGUGUGCCUAUUUAUUUAUGUUCGUCAUGUUCAUGCAAGUUUGUAUCCUCACUGACAUAGCUCCUGCACAAUUUUCGUGCCAUGCAGGUAGUGCACAGCCGCAGUUUGCUUUCUGCUAUGGCCCAGCAUUUUAUGCUGGAAUCGUAUUUUACGAUUUUUAGUAGUAUUUACAUACCUCCAAGUCUUUUUCACAAUAUGUUGACAAACGGAACCAUCUCCUUCCCGCCAAUCUAAACUGGCUUGGAUUUUGGAUUGACUAUCUCGCAGUAUGAAACAAGGCAGACAAUGUUGCCAGGAAAGAUUUCUGAAGAUAACAAACUUUUCACCUCCCCGGUUUCGUGUGGCUGAGACCGAAAACGAUCGCCAACAAAAAUAUAAUUAUGUUCUUAAACAUAUCCAUUUUUGUAGCAUUCGCGUAUAGCAGAACCACCAAUUUGUUUGCUCUCUCCUGCCACUCAGCUGGAACAUGACAGGCUAAAAAUGCACACACAACAUAUCACUGUGUUGAUGAGAAUCUUUUAAUCACGCAACACUUCAAUGGCCAUUCAUGCUGAUGAACAUGAGUGGUAAAUGUACACUGCAACGCACGAGUGAAAAAAUAAAACCAGUGAUCGGCAAACUCUA